AUGCCACGUCCUCGUCGAGCUGCUGCUAUGAAGCCUAAAGGGCACUACGCAGAUACCGCCAACCCUACAAGUCGGAAACGUAGUGCGAGUCAGGCUAUUGCUGGUCGCUCUAAGCGUCGCACGAAGAAAUCCUCGGAUACGGAGAUGAAAGAUGCGGACGUUGAGACAGAAGAUCCCAAUCUUCCGCUCGGCCUUUCAACUAGAUCUUUUACCCCUGAUGAGCUUAAAAAGGAUCUCAACAUCUCUUAUAAAGAUCUUAUCAAGCCUGCCAAAAGCCUGCCGCAAAGGCAGAAAAGAUGGACGCAGCCGGAAACAAAGGCUCCAAUUGUGCAUAUUGAAGAUACUCCAAAGGGUUGGAACAUGGAUGAACCUGAUCUUGAUCCCAAUGAUCUCGAUGCUCAGAUUCAAAGAUGUCUCGAACGUAUCGUAGAUAGAAUUAUGUCGGAUCACUUCGAGUUCAGGUUGGAGGAUCUGUUAAAAAAGAAGAAAAAGCGCGAUGCGAUCAUGGCCUUGGAGCCUGGAUUGAGUUGGCCCGUUGUCCAACGCUUGAAUAGUCUUGGUGGAAUCCUAAAAUCAUUUAAAGAGGACGAUGGCUGCAUUCCAACUGUUAAAAGCAUCAUGGCUGAGUACAGAUCAGGCGCGUUGGAUUGGACUCCAACACUUGUUACCUACUGGUCCCAAGGGAAGCAGAUUUCUCAACCAAGGCCUUUCCGCUUCGACGAGUUUGACCACCUCGUUAGUCAAUAUGGGCAAGAUGGCUUUUGGGUCGAAGGACUUUUUGAACAGAAUCCACCUCAGGCGGCAUCUAUCAUGGAAUUUGGUCCUAAUCCAGCGCGUCCAAAUCAAAGAUACAUCGUUUCUUUCCACGUUUGGAUGAGAGCACCUGGCACACGAUUCCCCCUAGAAUUCCAAAUGAUGGAUGAUACGGGGGCUUCUUUCAUGCAAAUUGAUGAAGUUGACUUUGACCGAAUGGCCCGAUUGAAUGGCACGCUUGAUCAACGUCCACCCCGGGUUUGUGUCCAAGGACUUGAAUUGGCCGAUGGAACAGUAGUGUACCACCCUAUAUACUUUCUGGAGGUGAACCUGUUUUUCUUUGGCCCCAAUGGCAGAGCAAUGAUACUUCCGGAAUAUGAGAAAAUCCCGGUGGUUGUUUCACCGGUUGGCCCAGAUGGAGGUGGUGGAGGAUUACGAUGCGGUGGUCCUUGGUUGCGACAUAGAUUCUAUACUUCGUCGGUUCCAAAUGGUACCGUACAGCUGCUACAUGCAUCUGACGAUCCAGUUUACUACCAAUACCUGCCUACCAAAUUCAACCCUGGGGUUCAAAUCUCGCUGCUAGCUGAAAACCAUAAUUGUAUUUCCAGCAGCAGCUUCGAUCCUAAUUUGUCAGAUACCUAG